UCGAUUAAUUUCAAUAUGUUUCUAUUAUAUUAUCGAAUAGGGAUUACUUUGGGGAAUCGAUUGUAGUUUUUUUUCAAAGUGACCGACGGUCGUAGUCUCCGGUCACAAAACCGGUUACGCUUACUCCGAGUAUUCCUGAAUAGUUUUCUAGAGUGAAAAAAGAAGCAAGUUUCAUCCCUGUUUCGUUAUUCAUCCAAGAGAGUAUGUGUGUGUGUGUGUAUAUAUAUAUUGCGUAAACUCUACGUAGCGCGAAUGAUUCGCUCGCACGGAAAUACUGGUGCACAUGAAAGAACGCGUAGAACGUUGCUGACGUUGCUUUUGCAUUGACAAAAUAGAAGAGAAGCCACGAUAGAAUUAAAAUAAAUUUGUUGGAUAUUCCCAAGUUAAAAAGAGGAACUCGAUCGAUGAAGUUCGAAACGUAUAGGGAAUCGGAUGUGCCAGCAUGUCCUCGGAAGCCGGUGCGCCAGAAGCAGCGAGCAAGAUCGACAGGCAGGCGUCGGUGUACGUGUUCCCGGGUCCGCAUUACACCGCCUCGACGGGGGGCGCCGUUGUUCCCGACGCGUCGAGCUCCGUUUCCACGAUCAGCCCGAAUGUGUUCGCAAAGGCGAAGUUGGAGAACGACAACGGCGAGAGCGAGGAGCUCGGGGGGCGAGGGAGGCGAAGGCCGUUUCCGAGGACCCACGCGAGAUCGGCAAGCCACGGUGGAAUGUUGGCGGAGUGUCUGACGAGCGGGGGGUUCCAGCCCUACGCGGGCUCGCAUCUUGGUCCUUUGUCCGCGAUCGGCGGGGCGAGGCCCUCGGCCUUGAAGAAGCCCGGCCACCAGAGGGCGUUCAGCCAGGGUCAGGUGGUGGACGUUCAAGGGCACUCGGUCACGGGUCACAGUCGCGUCGGGUCGAAAACGGAUUUUAUCCUGCCGCCUGGCCACAAGGAGGACUCGAAGCCACCCACCGCCGGCAAAGUGCCCUCUUUUCGAGGCCACUCGCGACAAGCAUCCAGGUCGGAGUCGAUAUACACGAUAAGACGUAGCGUUGAACCUCCUUGGUGGAGAAAAGUUUGGGCUCGAUACUUUGGCCCCCUACCAGAGGAACCUCGUUUAAGGACAAUAGUACCGAAUCAUUUAGUGCCGCCGAAAACACCACCGAGUCAACAUCCCAAUGGAAAGAGAGUGAAUAAUAGAGUACGUACGACGAAGUACACGUUGCUGAGCUUCCUACCUCGCAAUUUUUUCGAACAAUUCCGCCGUGUGGCCAAUAUAUAUUUUGUAUUUAUCGUUUUACUUAAUUGGGUGCCAGUCAUAAAUGCUUUCGGCAAAGAGAUUUCCGUGAUACCCAUCAUUUUCGUGCUCGGUGUGACGGCGUUGAAAGAUUAUUUCGAGGAUCAUCGGAGGCUUAUCAGCGAUCGUCGUGUAAAUAAUUCCACUUGUCGUGUCUACGUUCGCGAGGACGACAGGUAUGCGAAGGUAGCGUGGAAAGAUGUGAAGGUCGGUGACCUGGUUCACCUCUCGAACAACGAACUCGUACCGGCUGAUCUGCUGCUUCUGCGAAGCAGCGAUCCUCAGGGCGUAGCGUACAUCGACACGUGCAAUCUGGAUGGCGAGACCAAUUUGAAGGAACGACAGGUUGUGAGGGGUUUCGUGGAUCUCCAGGACACAUUUCAACCGGCCAAGUUUCGUUCCGUGAUCGAGGUCGAUCAACCAAGCACCAGGAUAUAUAGGUUCCACGGAGCUGUCGUACAUCCGAACGGCGGCAGAGUGCCUGUUUCCACGGAGAAUCUUUUACUCAGGCAGUGCUUGUUAAAAAAUACAGAUUUCGUCGAGGGCAUAGUGAUAUAUGCCGGUCAUGAAACGAAAGCUAUGCUUAACCAUGGCGGGCCUAGGUAUAAGCGUUCAAGAUUGGAGAAACGGAUGAACAGUGACGUUAUAUGGUGUGUGGCGAUUUUGAUCGUUUUGUGCGUGAUAGGCGCGACCGGUUGCCGGUUCUGGCUCUCCGAAUUUUCCGAUUUAACGUUCGUCCCAUUCAUACCGAUCCUCCAGGAUGCAAAUUACGAAAGUAUGCUAACGUUCUGGACGUUUGUCAUUAUUCUCCAAGUAAUGAUACCUUUAAGUCUUUACGUCACUCUUGAAAUGGCGAAAGUUGGCCAGGUUUAUCACAUUGGACACGAUAUCGCCCUUUACGACGCGGAGACGGGACGCUCGGCUGAAUGCCGCGCGCUCAAUAUUACAGAGGAAUUGGGUCAGGUGCAGUAUAUAUUCUCUGAUAAAACUGGCACGCUCACUGAAAAUAAAAUGCUGUUUAGACGGUGCGCCGUGGGAGGGCAGGAUUAUUCGCAUGGCGGAGAUGGUGAAAAUUUGAUACCUUCUUCGCGAUUGAAGGAAGAUCUUCUUAUAGGUACAUUUAGGCAACAUUUACAAGAAUUUCUAAUCGUGUUGGCGAUAUGUAACACUGUUGUGGUCAAUUCUCAACCGCAUUAUGACACUAUGAACUCGAGCGGAGUGAUCGAAGAGCCUCAGAAAAACGGCACUGAAGAAAGUGGAAGGUACACAAGAAUGAUAGAUUCUCGAAGUUUAACUCCUUCGCCAAUUAUACCUUUAUCGGCGCUUCCUUUGUCUCGACCGACAAACAGCCUCGAUGAAAACGUGUCGUCGAUCUCUUCUAUGGUAGAAAUUGAAUCUCCUCUUCACAAUUCCACCAAACUGUCGAAUAAAUUGUCAAGGCCAAAAUUCUUAAAUGUAACGUCGAUAUCAAGCCUAGGAAUAGGAUUACUUGGAAGAAAAUUAUCUCCAAACGGUGAACAGAAAAGACGCGGCCCACUAAGUCCCGUUAUCGAUGCGAGUGGAAAGAGUGGAGACGAAUUGUUACCUAGAGCUGCGAUUUACGAAGCGGAAAGUCCGGACGAGCUUGCUUUGGUGAAUGCAGCAUGUGCUUAUAAUGUGAAACUUCUUAAACGGACAUCGCGUAACGCGAUUGUUUCGUUACCGGAUAAAUCUAUUCUUAGUUUUGAAAUUCUUCAAAUUUUGCCAUUUGACUCGAAUAGAAAAUGUAUGUCUAUUUUAAUACGACAUCCUCUCACUAAUGAGGUAGUAUUAUAUAGCAAAGGUGCUGAUACAACGAUACUAUCAUCUCUAAUUCCUCAAGAUGAAAAUUCUAUAACGACUAUAAAAAUUCGACAAUACCUUCAAUCGUAUGCACGGCAAGGUCUUCGAACUUUGGUAAUGGCUAAGAAAUCUCUAACGAUGCAAGAAUACGAGAAUUGGCGUCAAAAGCAUUCUGAAGCAGAACUUGCAAUGGAAAAUCGUGAACUUCGUAUUAAAGAUUCUUAUGCAAAUCUGGAAUGUCAUUUGACCCUGCUAGGUGUUACUGGAAUUGAAGAUAAACUUCAAGCUGGAGUACCUGAGACUAUGGACACUUUAAUGGCAGCAGGAAUUGUAGUUUGGGUUUUAACAGGAGACAAACCGGAAACCGCGGUUAAUAUUGCAUAUUCAGCGCGUCUUUUUUCGCCUGCGAUGCAAUUAUUGUGGUUACAAGCAAGAUCCAAGUCUGUUGCUGAAGCUUUAAUUCAUGGAUAUUUGGAAUCUACACGUAAAAAGAAUACAGUUCAGGAAAUAGAAAAUAUUAGGGAAAUUACAAUGCUUAAUCGUGAUGCAACAGAAAAUGAGGCAUAUAGAAUAGAUAGCUCUUGGCCGAGACAACGAGCACUUGUUGUUGAUGGCAAAACUUUAACUGUUAUCCUUGAUCCACGAUCAGGAUUAACUGGAUUAUUUCUUGAGUUAACAAAAACAUGUUCUAGUGUAUUAGCUUGUAGAGCUACACCUCUUCAAAAGGCAUAUAUAGUACGUAUAGUAAAGGAACAAUUGGGAAUGAGGACUUUAGCGAUUGGUGAUGGUGCUAACGAUGUUAGCAUGAUACAAAUUGCAGAUGUAGGAGUUGGUAUUUCCGGACACGAAGGUACACAAGCUGUCAUGGCUGCAGAUUUUGCCAUUUCACGAUUCUCGAUGCUUAGCAGACUUCUUUUGCUACAUGGUCAUUGGUGUUACGAUCGAUUGUCUAGAAUGAUCUUAUAUUUCUUUUACGAGAACGCUACCUUCGUUUUCGUUUUGUUUUGGUACCAGAUUUAUUGCGGAUUUACUGGAACUGUUAUGAUGGAUCAAAUUUAUUUAAUGCUAUAUAAUUUAUUGUUUACGUCUAUGCCACCACUUGUAUUAGGCAUAUAUGAUCGAGUGGCUUCAUCCGGUGUUUUAUUAUCUAUGCCUCACGUGUAUAAAAGAGGACGUUUGGGAUUAGUAUAUCAAGCGCAUACAUUUUGGAUAACCAUUGCUGAUGCUUUGUAUCAAAGUAUCGUAAUUUUCUUUAUAAAUGAGGGUGUAUAUUAUGAUUCAAUUAUUGACAUUUGGGAAUUUGGAACUACUAUAAUGACAUGUUGCGUUGUUACUAUGUUGACUAAUAUUGCCAUAGAAAUUAGAUCUUGGACUAUAAUACAUCUCUUUGCCGUAAUGGGAUCAUUGGGAGUAUUUUUUGGUUUUUGUUUAAUUUAUAAUGUAGUUUGCGUUAAUUGCAUGGGUCUUUUAUGUUCAUAUUGGGUAAUGGAAAUAGCUGUCAUGAGAUAUACAUAUUGGCUUACAGUAAUACUUACCUGUGUUUUGGCAUUGUUACCUAGAUUAUUCUAUAAAACUAUAAAAUCGACAAUAAAUCCAGAUUUUAUGCAAAGUGCUAUAUUUAAUGCACCAUCCAAAAGUGGCAGUCAUAGACAACGAAUCGCGGAGAGAAGAGAAAAUAGUUUUAUUGCAGGUUGGUCACGUUCGACGCAACAUGCUACUAUAAGGUAUGAGUACAAAUUUGUUUUUCGAAUAUAUAUUUUUGAAUUACAUAUUUUUUGAUUUUCUUAUAUUUCAGAACGGGGACUAAACACGAUUCAUUGACAACUAUUGUUGCAUGACAUAUCCUGAAUAAAAUAAGACUGUCAGCACGUUAUAACAGAAUAAUUAAAACUGUUAAUAGUGCUAUUCUAUUAAAAUUAUUGGAAAAAAGCGAUGUCCUUUGCCGCAUUUCAAUCUUCAUUGUUCCUAAGAAUUGUAAAAGUAUUGUCAGGACAUGUAUUAUUAAUUUUAAUAUGCAUUUUUUCAUGAAAAAAUGCUAUAGUUUAUGGAAAUUAUGUUAGUUAUUGUUUAAUAUUAAUUUUUAUUAUUCAUCGAGUGGCCUUAAAUCUAGACUAUUACUGUUUAUUGCAUUUGAUGGCUGUGACUUUUAGGGACCAAAACUUUUAAUCCAAUAGUUACGAUAUCGAUUAGUGAUUCGAUUGAAAAGUGCAUGCUUCACUUGCAUGCAUAUCGAAUCAAUUUAUUUACAUUACAAUUUCUCGUAUAAGUGUAAAAAAAUGUAUAUUGUAAAAAAAAAAAAAUAUAUGUAAAAUGUAUAUUGUCUUUUAUGAAAUUCAUAUUAUAUAAAUUAUAAACUUGCGCUAGUAAUAUGUACGAGUAUAAUGCAUAUAGAUUUUAUACUCGUGAUUGUAUAAUACUAAUUUUGGAAAUACGUAUGAUCUGCCAGCAUAGAAGUUUUAUUAAAUGUGUACGUAUAUUAGACAUCGUUACAAAUGUUGAUAUAGUAUUUUGAUAAAUGAUAAAGAACAAAAGAAAAAUGCGUGUAUAUAAUAAUUUAUCAGUAAAAUCAAGUAUUCUGCAAA